AUGUCUAAACGUUCACGUAAUGUUGUAAUGCAUGUUGUUCUAUUACUGAUAAUAGUAAUUGGGAUAGGAGAAGGAAGUAAAGUUCAAAACUGUGGCGGUAGAGAAAAAGGUCAAGGUGCGGGAGGAAGUGGUGUUAGUGUAGGAGGAGGUUCUAGUAUUGGAGUUGGUGGAGAUGCUAAGGGAGGUGGAAUUGGUGUUGGCGGAGGUGCACGUGGAGGAGGGGGAGUUGGUGCUGGAGAAAAUAUAGGAGGAGGUGUUGGCGUUGGAGGAGGUGGCGGAGGAAGUUCACGAGGAGGUGUUGGUGCUGGAGGAAGUUUAGGAGGAGGAGUUGGUGUUGGAGGAGGUGUUGGUGGGGGAGUCGGUGCUGGAAGUGGUGUUGGUGCUGGGGGAGGUGCAACAGGAGGUGUUAGUGGAAAUGUUGGAGGAGGUGCUGGUGUGGGAGAAAAUGUUGGAGGAGGUAUUGGUGCGGGAGGAGGUGCAACAGGAGGUGUAGGCGGGGGAGGAGGUGUAAUAGGAAAUGUUGGUGGAGGUGUAACAGGAAGUGUUGGUGUAGGAGGAGGUGUUGAUGGAAGUGCAGGAGGAGUCGGUACUGGAGGAGGUAUUGGAGGAGGUGCAACAGGAGGUAUUGGUGGAAAUGUUGGAGGAGGUACUGGUGCGGGAGGAGGUGCAACAGGAGGUGUAAGUGGGGGAGGAGGUGCAACAAGAGGUGUUGGUGGAGGUGCAACAGGAGGUGUUGGUGGAAGUGCAGGAGGAGUCGGUACUGGAGGAGGUAUUGGAGGAGGUGCAACAGGAGGUAUUGGUGGAAAUGUUGGAGGAAGUGCUGGUGCGGGAGGAAAUGUUGGAGGAGAUACUGGUGCGAGAGGAGGUGCAACAGGAGGUGUAGGUGCGGGAGGAGGUGCAAUAGGAAGUGUUGGUGGAGGUGUCAGUGCCGGAGGAGGUGCACCAGGAGGUGUUGGUGUGGGAGGAGGUGCAAUAGGAGGUGCUAGUGCAGGAGGAGGUGUUGGUGGAAGUGCAGGAGGAGUCGGUACUGGAGGAGAUGCAACAGGAGGUAUUGGUGGAAAUGUUGGAGGAGGUACUGGUGCAGGAGGAGGUGCAACAGGAGGUGUAAGUGGGGGAGGAGGUGCGACAAGAGGUGUUGGUGGAGGUGCAACAGGAGGUGUUGGUGCAGGAGGAGGUGUUGGUGGAAGUGCAGGAGGAGUCGGUACUAGAGGAGGUAUUGGAGGAGGUGCAACAAGAGGUAUUGGUGGAAAUGUUGGAGGAAGUGCUGGUGCGGGAGGAAAUGUUGGAGGAGAUACUGGUGCGGGAGGAGGUGCAAUAGGAAGUGUAGGUGCGGGAGGAGGUGCAAUAGGAAGUGUUGGUGGGGGUGUCAGUGCCGGAGGAGGUGCAACAAGAGGUGCUGGUGCGGGAGGAGGUGCAACAGGAGGUGCUGGUGCAGAAGGAGGUGUUGGUGGAAGUGCAGGAGGAGUCGGUACUGGAGGAGGUGUAACAGGAGGUGUUGGUGGAAGUGCGGGAGGAGUCGGUGCUGGAGGAGGUGCAACAAAAGGUGGUAGAAGUACAGGAGGAGCCGGUGUUGGAGGAGGUGCAACAGGAGGUGUUGGUGGAAAUGCAGGAGGAGGUGUUGGUGGAAGUGCAGGAGGAAGAAUCGGUAUUGGAGGAGGGGUUGGUGCGGUAGAAGGUGUUGGUGGAAGUGCAGGAAGAGGAGUCGGUGUUGGAGGAGGAGUCGGUGCUGGAGCUGGAGGAGGUGUUGGUGGAAGUGUUGGAGGAGGUGCUUGGACGAGAGGAGGAGUUGCAGUAGGAGGUGUUGGUGAAAGUAUAAGAGGAAGAGUAGUCGGUGUUGUAGGAGGUGCUAGUGCAACAAGUAUUGGUGGAAGUGUAGAAGGAGAAGUCGGUGUUGGAGGAGGUGCUAGUACGGGAGGAAGGACAACAGGAGGUGUUGGCAUAAGUGGAAGAGAAAGAGUCCGUGUUGGAGGAGGUGUUAGUGCGGGAGGAGCUGUAACGGAAGAUGUUAGGGGAAGUGCAGGAGAAAAAGUCAUCGCUAGAGAAGGGGUUGAAGGAGGUAUUAAUGCGGAAGGAGUUACAAUAGGAGUUGUCGGUGAAAAAGCAAGAGGAAAGAAAAGAGAUGGCCGUCAAACCUAA